CCUCUCGUCUCCUUCCCUGCCUGGCGUGACCGCCAUCUUGUUCUCGCCGCGUGUUGGCUGCGGAGGGGCUGCCGGACUCAGACACAGCAUCAUGAAUCAAGAAAAGUUAGCCAAGCUUCAAGCUCAGGUCCGAAUAGGCGGAAAGGGUACAGCUCGCAGAAAGAAGAAGGUGGUGCACAGGACAGCGACAGCUGAUGACAAAAAACUUCAGAGUUCACUCAAAAAAUUGGCAGUAAAUAAUAUUGCUGGAAUUGAAGAGGUGAAUAUGAUAAAAGAUGAUGGAACAGUUAUUCAUUUCAACAACCCCAAGGUCCAAGCUUCCCUUUCCGCUAACACUUUUGCAAUUACUGGUCAUGCAGAGGCUAAACCGAUCACAGAAAUGCUCCCGGGAAUCUUAAGCCAGCUUGGUGCUGACAGUUUAACAAGUCUCAGGAAGUUAGCUGAACAGUUCCCAAGACAAGUGUUGGAUAGCAAAGCAACAAAAUCUGAAGACAUUGAUGAAGAAGAUGAUGAUGUUCCCGAUCUCGUAGAAAACUUUGAUGAAGCAUCAAAGAAUGAAGCGAAUUAAAUCAUUAAUAGUUCUGGAAGCUGGCAUGGACUAGAUUUAAGAAAUCAGCUAUGUGGUUCCAAAGUUUUACAGAAACAGAGAACAUCACCUGUUAAUAGUUCAGUAAUAUAAAUAUUUUGUAUUUUAAUUAUGCUGUUUGUUCAGCAUUUUCUGUCAGUUGAUUUUGCAUUUUGCACUUACUCCCAGGAUCUACUUUUUCGGUCAAAAAAUAAGAAAUGUCAGUGCAGUUUGAGGGUGUGUGCAUGUGCAUAUGUGUAUGGUGUGGGUGUACAUAUAGUGGAGAACAAAUUGGAGAACAGUUCUAUUUAACCUUCCCUUUGCCCUCAGAAGUAGAAGUAAAACAAAUCUUUACAGUUGUUACUUUUUAUUUCCACCAAAUAGUGCACAGAAAGUGGUGAAAAGUGAAAGUCUUACUUGUCCACAUUUCAUUAAUUCAAGGCAUUCUGCCAUUAAGACUUGGGUUUAAUUUGCUGUGUUAACUAUUGUACUUGCCAAUAUGUAUCUCUUCCAUGUUGAAAAUGUUCACAUGCUAUUUGCUAUCAACCUCAUGUUGAUUCCAAAUGAUACCAAAGACAGGAUAUUUACAGCCUGUUUGGUAUGGUAACAUUUUUAAAAAUCAGACCUAGAAGAGUUUGCUUAUUUUUCUUUUUAAAAUUCCUUUCUCUCUCGCUGUCUCCCUCUAUUCCUCCUUUAACUUUAGCCAACUCUAUCAGCCUUCAUUUCGAGUCCCUUAUUAUAGAACUGAUGUUUGUUCAACCCAUUUCACAUAGACUAAGCAGUAUGUUCUCCUUUUGAUUAUGUGGGUGUAAUUCCCAGGAAUAUUACUUGCUAAUUUUAAGAGGAGAUUAGUUCUCUCUAUCAUCCAGAAGAGCUAGGUUGAGUCAGUUUUUGAACUUGGACAUCCAGUUGGUAACAAUUCAGUGCAUUAAUUUUGCACAAUAACAUACUGUUGCUUAAAGGAGCUUGUUUGAGCUGUUCCAGUGCCAUAACUACAGCUACUAGGAGCUGACAAGGCACUGUCAUUCUCCAGGGCACUAAAAAUUAGGAGUGUCUUGCUGAUGAUAUUUAAUGUGAGAGAAAGAGGUCAUUGAUCAUAUUGCUGUAGCUUCCUGCUGGACAGUUUGUGCAAUGACUCUGAAGGGAUUUUUUUUGGCCUAUCUGACUUUGCCUAUAACCUACCUCUAGGUUUGGUAUCAUGGCUAUAGUAGCUUAUUAAAAACCACAAACCUUCCGUAGGCAUGCAGAGGACUUUGGAGGUAUCACUGGUAUACUGCAGUAUUUUCUGAACCUUCCUUCAAAAUGCUCAAUGUGAAUCCCUUUGUCAGAGGCUCUUUGAAGGUGCUUGAUGUAACUUGCAUUACAACAUAGUUGGCAUCACUGUUAACCUGUGUCAAGGGCAGCUGUGGCUUAGGAAAGCCAUUUUUCUCUACAUCUAUCAUCUUAACUAUAGCUUAAUUCUGAGACAUAUCAGCUUUCUACGUAGGUUCAUACACUAGAUAACAGUAAAAUACAAGGCUAUCAGUACAUGAGAGUUCUAGUGACAUCAACGUAAACCGCAAAAGCGGAGCUCUUGUGGUUUGUCAUCUGGACUCAAUUUAUUUUAUAGACUUGUUCAGUUUUCCUGUUAUAUUUUAUAUAAUACAUGGAUCUUACUACAAAAUAAAACAACAAUACAAAAGAGGAAA